AUGAAUAAAAGUCAUUUUUUAUAUAUCAUUUUUUGUGUGUGUGAUUAUUUGUUAUAUACAAUUCAAAACAAUUCUGUAGCAUGUAGAAAGUUAACAAGGUACUGCAUACUUUCGACAAACUUAAAUAUUAACUGUAUUUCAUUAAUAAAAAUAGGCGGUUAUUUAUUUCAAUAUCUUUGUUUUGCAAUUAAUACCAUUAAAAAUGUGCAAUUAAAAAAGAAAAGUAAAUCUUGUUGUAAAUAUGAGUGUACUAAAAUGAUGGAGGAAAUUGCUAAUACCUGAUGAAAAUAAGAAUUACAAUAAAGAAUUCAAUGGCAAGAAAUCAUGAAAAACAUUAUGGAAAACUUAAUCGUUUAAUACUCUGGAAAGAGAAAGAAGAAUAUGAAAAAAAGCAUCCUCCUAGACCUAGACUUGAUAUACUUGACACACCUGAAGAAAUUAAGAAAUGGCUUCCCAGUAUAAAAGCAGACCUUGAGUUUUAUUUAAAGAAAUCUCAAGUUACUUGUUAUUCUGAUGAACAUAUUGAAGAAUGUAAAGUAAAAGUUAACAAUCUAGAAAAGGAAUACAAAUCCUUUGUGCGUAAAAUUGCUAAACUAACUCCAGGAAAAUUAAAUGCGGUUCCUUGGACAAACCGGCCAUAUAAAAGAAAAAACGAUGAUAUUGCUGAAGACCAGAGUUCAAAAAAAGAAUUUGUUCCUAUUUCAACUCCUAUUCUUGAUCAAGAAAAAGAACUAGUGCAAGAAACCACCUUGCCUUUGCCAAAUUUACCUCUAAUGAAUGAACCUUUGGUAUUUGCUUUUGAUAAAGAAACUAACUCAGUUCAAACAAAUUCACAAACAGUGAAAUGUACAGAUUUUGAAACAAAUGCCACUGAUACUGAUAAAAACUAUACUCCUAAAAAAGUCACUUGCACGAACUAUGUGGAAACAAAGAAUGAUGUUGCCAUUGUUCAUCAAAAAAUGAAUGCAUCUAAUUUAGUAAAUUAUGAUUAUUCAUCAGACAGUGAUAGUUAAUUUUUAAAUAAACUUUUAAUGUA